GACGGGUGGGCACAGGGGCCAUUCGGGGGGAAACAUGUUCUUGGUACUGGUGGUGACGGAUGAGCUGAGGGAGUUCCUGAUGCGGGCGCGGAGUGGAACUGCCAUUCGGAUCAUCCAGGUGCAGAUCCGAGACGAGCAGCUGGUCCUGGGGGCAUACAACAAGCCGUCUCAGAGCUGGGACCAAGACUAUGACAACUUCCUGUUACCACUUCUAGAUGAUCAGGAGCCCUGCUACAUCCUGUACCGGCUGGACUCUCAGAAUGCACAAGGCUAUGAGUGGAUCUUCAUUUCCUGGUCACCUGACCAGUCACCGGUUAGACUGAAGAUGCUCUACGCUGCCACACGUGCCACAGUGAAGAAAGAGUUUGGUGGAGGACAAGUGAAGGAUGAGAUAUUUGGCAAUGCGAAGGAGGACAUCUGUCUUGAGGGAUACCAAAGAUACCUGAACUUAUGCUCUGCCCCAGCUCCACUCACAGCGGCAGAAAAGGAGCUUCAGCAAAUCAAAAGGACAGAGGGCAGGGUUAAGCAGGUAAAUGCAGACAUGACUGUGGAUUUGAGCAAACCACAGACAAUCCAGGGUCUGGCUUUCCCAUUACAAGAUACUGCUAAGCGUGCCCUUCAACAGCUUUCAGAGAAACGCAUCAACUACAUACAACUGAAACUGGACACAGAGAAAGAGACCAUCGGGCUGGUUCACACCAACCCAACAGAGACGCAUGAUCUACCCCACCGGGUCCCCACAGACACACCACGUUACCACUUCUUUCUCUACAAGCACUCGCACGAAGGGGAAUACCUCGAGUCUGUUGUGUUCAUCUACUCCAUGCCAGGCUACAGCUGUAGCGUGAAGGAGCGGAUGCUCUACUCGAGCUGUAAGAGUCGUCUACUGGACGAGGUGGAGAGAGACUAUCAGCUACAGGUGGCCAAGAAGAUGGAGAUUGACAGUGGUGAGGAGUUGACAGAAGAGUUUCUUUACGAUGAGGUGCAUCCCAAACAGCAUGCCUUCAAGCAGGCCUUUGCUAAACCCCGCGGCCCAGCAGGAAAGAGGGGUCAUAAGCGCAUCAUCCGCGGGGGCGGUGGAGAGAACGCACAGAACAGUUAGGAGGACCAGGAGAGAAAAGUUGAGGAAGAGAGGAAGAGAAGGAGUUUAUCUCCUGAAGUCCCAAAGCCUCUCCUUUCUCUCCUGAAUCUCUGCCCAGUGUCUUGAGUUAGCUUCAUUCUGUUUAUUGGGAAACUGAAGGGAGGGAUUUAUAGGUUUCUCUGAGUAUUUGUACUUUUUGGGUUUUUUAACUUUUCAGCUUGUGUUAACUGUUAUCCUUACAAUUAUGUUUAGUUGUUUGUGAAGUGUUUUUUUUUUCAUACACAGUGCAAACAGUAAUACACAUGACAUAAAAUAAACUCAGGAAAAAGUGGUUUAUAGAAAAAGUAUCCCUCUCCUUAGGACAUAUUUCGACAUAUAGCCGUCUACUCUUUUCAGACUUUAAAAAAUAAAUAGCCAUUUUAAAAUAGAAUAAACAGCAUUUCAGUCACAUCCUUUGCAACAUACUUUACAAACCUAAAAGCAUACAGACCAACUAAGUACCACAUUUUUGGCUGUGCACAUCAACUGACUAGUAUAAUAAUGUUAGCCGAAGGCAGCAAUCUACAUGUAGACACAAGCAAUCUCUCAAUGAGAGAAACGGAGAAUAAUUAACAAGAGUAGAGGAACAGAGGAAUAGCAAAGCAUACCACAAUGGGCAUUAGAAAUCUUGUGGCUAGGCAGACAGCUGGGGAUUUGCAUGGAUCGCAUCAUCAUGAUUUUCAGACUGAACACUUGUGGCGCCGUGCUAGCCUACCUCUUCACAGCCAACCCUCUGGACUAAGCCCUGUUGCCUGUGAAUGUCUUGUGUCAAACAUAUCAAUUGAACAGGUGAUUAUGUGUAUCAGAAAAGGAAUUCCAAAUAAAGCUUCUUGUUUCUGUA